UAAACAAAACGAACAAAUGGAGAUUAAUUUUUCCAAUAACAUCGAAAAAGACGACAAAGAAACUGAAUCGAAAAGGAGUAGUGAAAGCGAAAUAACGGAAGAAGAUGCAAACACAACUAUUGUGUAUAUUGUACCAGUUGUGGAUACGCAGCAAUCUGGUUUUGUUUUGAGCGAAAAGGAUCGUCACAUUUUCAGAAAUUUAGCUAUAAUUCAAAUCAUGCUGGGCAGCGCGUGCAUUGGAUGUGGAAUAGCGGCUUUAGUUUUGUGCGACGAUUCUCUGACGUGCGGAGAAAAUUAUUGCUAUGUAACAGAUGAAGGAAGGUGGACAAAUGUUGCAGCCACUAUAUGGGGUGGAGUUUUGGUGAUUGGUUGCGCUAUAUUCAGCCUUUGUCAAGAUGAUGCCAAUGCAAGCUGCAUGGUGAUGACAAAAUUUGUAUUGAAAUUCGUUGCUGGCAUGACAACAGGAACAAUAGUUGGACUGGAAAUUGUUGCCGACAUAUAUUCAUGGGAAUGUGAAUCGUUGAUGAUCGUUCACUCAAUAUCAGCAUCUCUCUCAUUCAUUUUACUCAUUGUUUUUAUGAUCGACAUUUUAUAUUCUGUACAUCUUCAAUGCAAAUGCAAAUGCGGAAAAAACACAACGGAAGAAACUGAGGUGAAGACAAGUAGCUCACAGACAACUAUUGCUAAUCCACAGAUAAUAUUACCUUCAGGUCAAACUAUUGUUAUUGAAGAACAACCUGCCAGCGCGCCUGGAACCCCAAAAGUAGCAUACAGAGAAGAACGCCGCGGAAGUACCAUCAGCGUUAUUUAUCUCCCUAAAGUAACAACCUGAUUCUGAAAGCAAAAACAAAGUUUUAGCAGACCUGAAUAUUAUAAAAAAAAAUUGCAUCAUAAAUAAGAGACAAACUUUUUCUCUAUCUGUAAGGUUGGUAACCGAUUUACCGUUGAAGUUGAGCUUUUGUGUCUUUUUCAUGUUUCAAGCACACUAUUAUUAUACAUCGGGAAUUAAGUGAGUUUGUUGAAUUAGAUCACUUUUUCACUAGAAAACUACUUGAUAAACCUAUCAAUUCGACUCAAUCCUACAAUUUUUUCAUUGCAAUUUUACAUGUUUUGAUUUUGUGAUUUUGAAUUCUUUCUAUAUCGUUGCUUCUAGAAAUAGCUAUACUUAUAUUUAACUCAAGUGUCAUGUGUCAUAGAAACCGAAACCACCAUUCGUCAACUGCAAAUCAAAUUACGUGUUUGGUUUUUUAUUAGUAGUAUUAGCCAUGUCUGCAUCCACCUUUCUCCUUUCCCUUCACACCCUAAUGAAAAUAUGUGCAGUACGUUCAUAAACAGUUAGUUCUUCUUUUACAAUUUUUUUUUCAUUUCUAAUUUACUUUUUUUAUAUAAAUACUAUCUACAUUGCUUUGAUUUUUAAUAUCAAGUAUAUUU